AUGGCGGGAGAAGGGCAAACAGGAGAGCAGCUCCUGAUGAGGCUGCUGCAGACGCAGCAGGAGCAGAUGGGACAACUCCAGAGAUUGCUAGAGCAGAACCAAAGGCCACGUGGGACCGUGGUGGAUACAAAGGCUAUUGGCCGACCUGAGAAAUUGGGAGGAACACUGGAAGAAGCCUCAUGGCGCCAGUGGAACUACCGGCUGGAGCUUUGGCUCACGAGCCAGUUUCCGGAGACCCGGGCAAUCCUGACUUGGGCUCGGACCCAAGAUGAGGAAAUCGCCGUUGCCAGGCUGAGGGAACAGCUGGUGGAAGGAGUGACUCCGGAAAAGGUUCAGGAGUUCAAUCGACAACUGGAGGUGGCCCUGGGUACUUUGACUAUGGACACCCCAGGGGAUAUCACGAUGAACUCGAGCGCAGGAUCCGGACUGGACAUGUACCGGCGGCUCCAUGGGAGAUUGGAUCCGACUGACAUGGUCACGAGCUUUAGGUGGUUGCGGCAGCUCAUGUCGACGAAGCCAGUUGCAGAAGUGAGCGACUUGAUCGCUGCAGUGGAGAGAUGGGAGGACCAGCAUCGGAGGUAUGCUGCCCGUCGGGACUGCACGGCGCUGACCGAGCGCCAGAAGAUGGUUUCGUUGUUGGGAAUGGUUCCCGCUGAGUUGCAGUCACACCUGGAGCUCAACCUUCCACGGCUCAACUCGUACGACCUUCUACGGAGGGAAAUCGUGACUUUCGCCGAGAACCGCCGGGCAUUCACUGUGGAUGACUCCGGCGCAAUGCCUAUGGAUAUCGACUACGCCAAGGGGAAGGGGAAAGGAAAAGGAAAGGACAAGGAGACCCGAAAGUGCCACAAGUGUGGCAAGGUGGGCCAUCUCAUCAAGGAGGCAGAGGUAGUGCAGGAAAACCGCCGAAGGGUAAGGCUCAAGUUAGGGGCCGCGGCGGGAAAGGCAAGGGCGGGCACGCCCGCGAACUCGAAGGCGGAGAAGAAGAACCGGACGGCGAGGAGCCCGAGCAGGAGGAGGACUACGAAGCCGAAGAAAGAGAAAGAGGAAAAGAAGCAGAAGAGCCCAAAGGGCGACGACGAAGACUGGGGAACCUGGCGUUCCAACCCCAGUGCUUCUGGCGCGGGAUCGUCUCGAGACCCGCCAGAAGGGGGCAAGGCACGAGCAAGUGCCAAAGCCAAGGCAGCUGACGGCACUUCCUCCAUGACGGGGGUUGGGCUGCGGCUCCUCGAGACCAACCUGGUGUCCGAGCUGCAGGCUCGCCAGGCCGAGCUCAACAGGGCCCUGGCUAGUGCCGAAGGUGACGAGGAAAGGGCCAACCUAGAAGCCCAGCUCGAGGAAGUCACCCGGCAGCUGAAGGAGCUUGUGGCUAAGAGGAGGGCUGCCAGGACGGCUACCGCUGGGAGUUGGAAGUCGUCGGCACGCUUCUUGGCUGACGUCCGCUCGGGACGCAAGGCCAAGCUGGCCAAGAGGAAGGAGCUUAGCCGCCAGCGAGCGGCGAAGCACAGGCAAGCCUCCCGCGAAGGGAGGGCUCGCGAAAGGGUUGCGCUGGACGAGGAGUGGCAGAAGAGGUACAACAAGCCGCUUAAGAAAGACGACGGCAAGAAGGCAUCCUACCCGCUGAUGCCGGAGAACACCGAUCGAGAGGCAAGACCCUUGAGCAAGCGAGCUAGGGAAAACCUUCGCCAAGAAGGUGCUGGGGACGACGUCCCGGAGGAGCACGUUAGGAGUUGGCGAGAAAAGCCCAAGACUCCUGGGGAACGUGCAGGCAAGCGCCGCAGGGAAGCGGCCAGGAAGAAGAGGAAGGAAGCUGCGAGCGGCAGUGCGGGAGCCGCUUGGGCCACCACCUACAAAGGCAAGAAGGAAGUGAAGGGCACCGGUAGCCGACGGCAAGUUGCCGGGGAGCAGAAGAAGGGUGGAAAGGAGAGCGGCAAGAAGGGCAGUGGUGGGACCCCGUCUCGGGACCCACCAAGGAGCCGAGGGAGGAUCUGGGGCCAGGGUUCGGAAGACAGCCCGGGGCGGAGGCCCGUGAUGGGCCGAAGCAAGCUUCUUGGGGCGGCGUUGGCUGGGGCGCUGCAGGCGCAAGCCAAGAGAAUGAUGAAGGAGAAGAUCAUCCGCAGGAGCCAGGUGAGGCGCCUGGUGGAAGCCCACAAGGGCGCAGACCGCUUUGCGAAGCGGCUGCUGGACAGCGACUGUGAGAGUUGCACCUCUCGACGAGGAAAGGCCACGAAGGCCGCAGCUGCCUACGCCAAGAGUCUUCUCCAGAAGAGGGAGAGGAUGAAGUAUCUGCCCCUGAAGAAGUGGAGGUCGAGGUGGAAGAGGAAGACUCCGACGCAGACCACGUGCCACUGGGGGGAAGAGGUCCAGAGGACCCACCCGACGGAGAAGGCGGCCUGGAGGGCCGGGUUGGAACCGUGUUUUCCUUCUGGGAAUGGGGCCGCUUCGGCACCUUCCCGGAACCAGAAGCAUCCCUCAAUGGAGGUGAUCCUGGACAGCGGUGCAAGCCACAACGUGCUGCCAGACAAGGUGUACCAGAAGCUCUUCGAGGAAGGGAGGGCCACAGCCUUGAAGGAGGUGAGUUCGUGCAGAUGCAUCUUCAACGUGGCAGCUGUGCAGCGCUGCCUCCUCUCCACUGGUCGUGCGAUGGACCGUGGCAACGCCUUGGUCUUUGCAGGUAAGGAGGCCACGCUGUACCUCCCGAAUGGGAGUUCUUUGGUCUUCCCGGAGAGGAAGGAAAAGAAGGAAGGAGGAGAAGAAAGAAGGGCGGCAGGCGCCGCAACUGAGUACUACAACCUCUUUCCGGAGCCGGAGGUGUUCCCGAUCCACUCUGACGGUGAAGAAGACGAGGCCCGACCGUUUGGGAAUGGUGAGCCACGCCAGGCGGAGCCCGCUUCGGGAUCCGCCCAGCCAGGAGGCGAAGAAGCACAGCGUGCGAAGCCACUUCGAGCGCCGCCUGUGCCCACGCCUCAAAUGGUUGCUGAGCACGAGGUGACACAUAUCCCUUACCGAUCGUGGUGCCCAGCAUGUGUAGCUGGACGGGGGCGAGCCUACUCGCACCACCACGAGGGCCGAGACUCCACAGUGCCUGUGGUAUCAGCUGACUACCUGUACUUCUCUGAGAAGGGAGUACCGGGAAAGAGCCUGCCAACAGUUGUCUUGAGGGACCGUGCCUCAAAGGCCAUCUUCUCGCAUCUGAUGCCAACUAAAGGGACGGUAGGUUCGACCUAUCCUGAAAAGGCGGUGCUUAGAGAUUUGAAUUGGCUGGGGUACAAGCGCUUGGUUCUGAAGACGGACCAAGAGAACGCGAUCAAGGCAUUGGGGGCAGCUGUGAAGGCUGGUUUUCCAGAGGACUUGACUCUGGAAGAGUCGCCCAAGGGAGACUCUCACGGGCAAAGCAACGGCACAGCUGAGAAUGCAGUGCAACGUGUGCAGGGACAAGUGCGCACGAUGAAGUAUGCCCUGGAGCAAAAUGCUGGAGGAGAACUACCCAAGGACUCGGUUAUCUUCCCUUGGAUGAUCGAGUACGCAGGGGUGCUCCACACCUUGUUCUCUCAAGAGGACAGCGAGGGCAUGACUCCGUUUCAGAAGCUGAAGGGCCGAACCUGGCAAGUAGCUCUUCCAAGCUUUGGAGAAAUCGUGGACUAUCGCCGAAGGGCGAAAAGCAAGCUUGAUGCCAGAUGGCAAGAAGGAGUCUACCUAGGACUGCGGCUUACGAGUUCGGAGAAGAUUAUCGGGACGCCCUCGGGUAUCCUGGUGGUGCAGUCUAUCCGAAGGAAGCCUGCAGACAAGCAGUUCAAUCUCGAGAUGCUGAAGGCUGUGAAAGGAACUCCCUGGCAGCCUAAUCCCGAGAAGAGCACGAACGCUGAUGCAGACAGACUCCCGGAGCCUAUCGUGAUAGAGCCCGUGGUCGAGCAAGCAGAGCUUCCACCGAAACCUGGAGACGCCGAACGGUUGCCUACGUAUCGGAGAAUGUACAUCCGACAAAGCGACCUGGAGCAGUUUGGCUAUACUGGGGGUUGUGAGGCCUGUGCCGCCAUUCGCGAAGGCAGAGAACGCCAAGGUAUCAACCACAACGAGACGUGUAGGAAGCGGAUCCAAGAGGCGCUGAAGGACACCUCUCGGGGCCAAGCCCGCCUAGAGCGAGAGACUCAGCGCGAGACCGAGUACUUCACGAAAGUCCACGAGGCAGAAGAAAAGAAAAGAAAGGCUGCGACAGAGAAGGAGAAAAGGCCUGAGGCAGGAGGUGCAGAGGCGAGCGAACCCAGCCAACCUAGCAGGCCACCAGAGCAAGCAGCAAAGAAAGUGGAGAAAAGGAAACCCUCUAAAGCAGAGCCUGUCUCCGUUUCGCGAGAGAAUAAGAAGCCAGCAGUUACCGCUUCGGAAGCUGCUUCGGCGAGCAAACGGAAGAGCGAGGACCCUGGAGACCCAGAGAGGUCCGAGCUGAGGCCUGAAGGCUCUAAGCGCAAGGCUGAAAACAUCGAGGGAAUGAUUGAGACGCUUAUUGCUGGAGAGCGAAAGGCGUGGAUUGAAUCCCUGGAAGGAGUCGAACAGCCUACCUGCGACCUGGUUGAUGGUUUAGUGGAAGAGGUUCUUGCGGAGACCUUCUACGACGACCUCACCGGGAAAGAGCUUCCAGCUGAAGGUGUUAAAGCAGCCCGGGCAGAGGAAGUGAGCGUCAUCAGGCAGGUGGGAGUGUGGGAAGUCAUACCCCGCCCUGCAAACGAGAAGGUGAUCGGUACGCGAUGGGUGGACAUCAACAAGGGGGAUGGUGCCCGUCACAAACUGAGAUCCAGGCUUGUCGCUCAGGAACUCAAAAGAGCCCGCGGACCGCAACAACCAGAGGACCAGUCCACUUGGAGCGACUUUUUCGCUGCAAUGCCGCCACUCAGUUCUCUUCGGGCGCUAUUCUCUUUAGCGACUACACAGCGUGUACCCAACACUCGGGGAAAGCUGUCACCCGUUGGGUCUGGAGGCGAAGUCUGUCUUAUGUUUCUGGAUGUGAAGAAAGCUCACUUUUGGAGCCCUGUACGCCGGAGACUCCUUGUGGAGCUUCCACCAGAAGCUGGAGAGGGACGAGACAAGGUUGGACUUCUGAAGCGUUCCUUGUAUGGGACCAGGGAUGCACCUUCCAAUUGGGAGAAAGCCAUCAAGGAUGCUCUGGAGGGCUUGGGCUUCAAGCAAGGACGAAGCAACCCAUGCCUGUAUUUCCACGAGGAGAAAUCUUUGCGACUCAACGUCCAUGGAGAUGAUUUUACAGUGGUUGGAAGCUACAAAGAGCUCAAGUGGCUAGAAGCUGAACUGGGCAAGGUUUGGACAGUUGAGACAAGGGGCAUCCUGGCUAGACCCGGUUCGGAGCUGCCAGGCGUGAUUCAUCAGAUCUCUGUCUUGAAUCGCCUAGUGACGUGGACCCAAGAAGGCAUCGAGAUGGAAGCCGACCCAAGACAUGUGGACUUAGUUCUGGAACAGCUGGGUCUGGAGAAAGGAGUUUCUGUGACCACUCCACUGGUCAAGGUGAAAGAAGAGGACAUGGACAAGACUCCACUUGGUACUGCUGAAGCAGCUCUGUACCGUUCUAUCGCUAUGCGGAUAGGUUAUCUGUCUAUGGACAGGCCGGACUUGCUUAGGACCGUCCGCGAGUUGGCGAAAGGGCUGAAAGAACCUCAACAACACCAUUGGGGUCUCUUGAAGAGAGCUGCAAGAUAUCUCCGAGGAUCUCCUAGGCUGGUGCAGUUGAUUCCAUAUCAAGAGCACUUCACAAGCAUCAAUGCUUGGUCCGACAGUGACCAUGCUGGGUGUAUCAAGACUAGGAAAAGCACGACUGGAACCGUGAUCCAGCUCGGAGAAGCAACGGUGAAGACAGCAGCCAAGGGGCAAGCUGUGAUUGCCCUGUCCACUGGAGAAGCAGAAUACUAUGGCUUGAUAUCAACAGCCUCAACCGCUUUGGGCGAGCAAGCGAUGAUGGCGGACUGGGGUAUAAAGCUGUCUGUCAAUAUAGCUAUGGAUGCCAGCGCGGGCAUAUCCAUCGGCUCGUGA